GCGGGGGCGUUUCGGUAUUCUGGGUAAAAACGGAAAGCCCAAAAAAUUCACAGCUGGGGAAAAAAGAAAAAGCCAUAGAAGUGUGGAAAUGAAACCCAAAUAGGCCAAAAGUAGAAACCAUCGGGAUCAGGAUGAGUGCUGACGGACAGGCCAAUCUGCUGCGGGUGCUCAUCAACUGUGCGGAGAAGGCGGCCAAUAUCGCCAGGACGUGUCGCUCCAACGAGGAACUCCUUGGGUUGCUGGUGCAGGAAAAGCAGGGAUCGGAGGCCAACGAGCGGUUCGAACAUGACUUCAAGACCCUGGCCGAUGUCCUCAUCCAGGAGACAAUUAAGCACGAAGUGGGAUCGUUCUUUCCGGCCAUGCAGGAUGCGAUCCUGGGCGAGGAGUCUCCGAACUUCACCAACAAACUGGGCGAAAGUGUCACAAUUGCAGUGGGAUCGAGCGAGGAGGACACCGCCUCCAGUCUGCUGGCCGUGCUCAGUGGCCACGAAGGAGCUGCCAGUGCCUUGGCCAAAGAAGUCCAUCGGGAGGUCAAUUUCACCAGCGAAAAGCUGGGCGAGAUCCCUCAACUACCGGACGAUCUCGACCACGACAAUCUGGGCAUCUGGAUCGAUCCCAUCGACGCCACUGCCGAGUACAUUUCGGGCGACACCAUGUUCACGGAUUUUCCUGGCAUCACAUCUACCGGAUUGGACUGUGUCACCGUGCUGAUUGGCGUCUACGAGCGGGACACUGGAGUGCCGGUGAUCGGCGUGGUGGCCCAGCCAUUCGGAGAGAAGUUGGAGGAGAACGUGUACAGCUCCUCGAUGUUCUGGGGUGUUUGUCUGCCCUCGUUGCAAGCCCACAAUUGCCAUUUCGAGGCACGAGACGAAAACCGUAGGUUGGGAAUCUUCUCCAGCUCGGAGCAAUCGGAUAUCCUUCAGCGCUUCCUCGAUCUGGGCUAUGAGUUUGCCUUCUCUGCGGGUGCGGGCCACAAGGCUUUAAAGGUUAUUACCUACGAGGUGGAUGUGUAUCUGCUCAGCAAAGGAUCCACCUUCAAGUGGGACACGUGUGCUCCUCAGGCCAUCUUAAGAGCACUCGGCGGCGACGUCCUGGAUUAUACAGCCAGUGUUGCGGAGCAAAAAGCCGUACCUUUGAAGUACCUGAUGGAGGAUAAUGCAUUUGAUCCUGAAUGGAAAAGAAACGCAGGUGGUUUAAUCUCAGUUCGCAAUGUUAAUGUUGUGGAGGAACUGCUCGCCAAACUGGCCGAGCAAUAAAUGUUGUUGUUAUUGUUGUAAUCUCA